AAACGCCGCGCCUCUCUCACAAAGGCGUAGAGAGAGAGAGAGAGAGAGAGAGAGGCGAAAAAGAAAUCUUUAUAGAUCUCUCCGUCGGCCUCGUCGCGGACAAGAAGAGCUUGGCGGAGCUGAAGUGCACGGGUACCACCGGAACCGUGCUAUCCUGCACCCGUCUCAUCUCCCCUUAUCUUCCCUCGGCGCCCUCUACUUAGGGUUUCCUCCGUGCUUCGCUCUUUUUCCUCUCUCUCGCGCGCUACCUCCGCUUCGUGGAAUCGGAACAUGGAUUGGAACCUUCGGGGCGUGGCGCUCGUCUUCCUGAUCGCCCUUGUUGCCGCAGCGGCUGGCUCGCCGGUCUGCCCCAGGCCCUCUGCCGGAGACUCGAUCAUGGGUCGCCCGGACUCGUGCUGGGAUUUGGAUCCUACGGCAGAGCUUCGUGGUUAUCAGAUCGGCGUGGUUGAGGGAGAUGAAGCUGUUUUGCAGAAGGCAUUGAGUAUAGUGCAGAAGAACAGGGAGGAAUAUGUGGCCCUUCUCUUUUAUGCAUCUUGGUGUCCCUUCUCUAAAAUCUGCCGACCAAAUUUCCAGAUCUUGUCAAACUUGUUCCCAACCAUCCAUCAUUUUGCAUUUGAAGAAUCUGUUAUCAGGCCAAGCAUAAUCUCAAAAUAUGGAGUGCAUGGUUUUCCAACCCUUUUUCUUCUAAAUUCAACUAUGAGGGUGCGGUAUCAUGGCUCACGGAACGUGAAUUCCCUUGUUGCUUUUUACAAUCACAUAACAGGUGUUGGUCCUUCAUCAGUGAAAUCAAUGUCCCUGGAUAAAUUUGUGGACCCACCAAAUGAUACUGAGCCCAAGGAAGAAGACAUGCAAGAAAGCUGCCCGUUCUCAUGGGCAAGAUCACCUGAGAAAUUGCUGCAGCAGGAUGGUUAUUUGGCACUAGCAAGUUGUUUCCUGCUGAUGAGGCUGCUUUAUUUCCUCCUGCCGAGCCUCAAUGCAUGUUUGCAGCGAGCAUGGAGGAGGCAGAUGCGAUAUGCAAGCUUGAUAAAUUUCUGGAAUCACCUGCGGGCAUACACUGAAGAAGCCAAGCAGGGUGUCGGUAGGUUGUACCCAUGCAAGCGAAGCAAUUUGCAGGAAGGGGCAAUGAAUGCAAGGGCUUGGGCUUCCCAGUCCUUAGCCUCGGUCUCCCUUGGCGAACCUAGUUCCGGAAGAGCAUACUCUACAACUGAUAGGAAUUAAGCCAAGAGACUCCUUAACUCUAUGUAUAGUAGAUUUCAUAUUUGAAUCCGACACUAAUUGACGCUAAUUGUUUUGGGUUUUAGUUGUUAUUGGUUGCAACAAUUCUUCCAGCAGCCUCUUCUUCCACACCCUUUUUUCUCUGAAAUAGAUAGAUCUACUCAAACGGUUCUUGAUGGUCUAUCUCAUCUUUUUAUGCUUUGGCUGUUGCUCUA